AUGAGCAGACCAGGAGAUUGGAACUGCAGGACAUGCAAUCACCUCAACUUUCAGAGAAGAGAUUCGUGCCAACGGUGUGGGGAACCAAGAAGUGGUGACUAUGGUGGAAGCUUUGGGGGAAGAGGGUCUUCUUCCUUUGGCUUUACACCUGGUCCUGAUAUUCGUCCCGGUGACUGGUACUGCACCGUCGGAAACUGUGGAGCCCACAACUUUGCCAGCCGCUCAAGCUGCUUCAAGUGUGGUGCCCCCAAGGAGGAUUCCUCCGCCGGAGCAUUCGACGCCGACAUGCCUCGAAUGAGAGCCUACGGCUUCGGCGGCGGCUCCUCCGCCCGCCCCGGCUGGAAAUCCGGUGACUGGAUAUGCACCAGGUCUGGAUGCAACGAGCAUAACUUCGCCAACAGAAUGGAGUGUUACCGAUGCAAUGCACCGAGGGACUCUAGUAGUGGCAGGUCUCCCUAUUCAUCGUAGAGUUUCUGGAUCCAUGUGGUUUGUUGUCCAAGGAGAGAAUCAAGAGGCUAUCCCUAUUUCCUAGUGAUAGUUACUUUUUUUUGGUCUCUAGCUACCAUAUGUUACUUUGGUCAUCAUCGAGCUCAUGCGGA